AAGGUUUUAUAAAAAUGUAUAUGUAUCACUGGUAUCACCAUUGCCAGACUAGAGCAAGAUUCUGAAAGUCACCAGAAGAAUAGUUUACUUUUUCUCUUCAGUCUUUGUAGGAAUUAGCAAAUUUGAAAAUCUCAGCUCAAAAAUUGAAAUGUUGACUUAUUGCAAAGCUACCACUGAAAGUUUCAGGACAAUUAAUAUACACCCUUCUAAUUCCUUGGCUUAAAUAUGUUCUUUACUAUGAAUAGAAGCUUAAUAUUAAAUUUAGUGGAAUUUUUAGUGGCUGAUGUUUUCCAGGAAAUCAAAGGCAGACAUGGAAGAGCCCUGAGCAAUAGAUGUUUAAGAAAGUGAACAAAACAUAUUCAGUGUGCAAAAAGCCUCCAACAUAAAGCAGAAAAGGAAGAUAAAUCAAUCAGAUUGUUUGCAUUAUAUAUGAGAAGAGAUUUUACAGGACAGCAACAGUAAGAAGUCUAAUAUUUUUAUGAAUGUAUGAAAGGAAUAUUAAGUAAACUUCUGGGAAAGACUAUGCUGAAUAAAUUGGUUAAAGCUGUACAUCGGCUACUAUUGAGGUAUUUUUAUACUACAUUUGUAUCUUCAUAUUAAAAUUAUAUCUUUGCUUGAUUUUUAAAGUAAUGAAUACCAGCCUUUUAAAUAACAGGAUUCUGCCUUUAUUCUUUAAAAAAAAUGGGAGGUGAAAAGGUAGGUGAAUUAGUUCUCUUGGUAACAAUCAUUCCUAUCCUGCUCUGGUUACAUGCCUAGAAAAUAAUUAACAGAUUUUCUCUAAUGCUUCCUAAAGAUGUUGAAACUAGAGGACAAAUAUUGACUGAGAGGCAGCAAAACUUGCCUGGACAGGAGAAAUUAAUGGUUUAUAUAACUGAAAACAGUUUGCCAAAAACAGAACAGAAGUUAUGGAAUAUCUGAUUUAAAGUUAAUCACAUGUCAAAAUGGCCAGAGGUGGUGUGUACAUGCACUUGGAUAUUUGCAGGCCACACUUAAGUUCUGGUACUACAUAAAAAGGCUCUUUCACCAUCCUGAGGAUCUGCAGGGCCCCUGUUCCUGUUGCUGGGAGCUGAUCAGGAGAUGAUUUCACCGCGAGAGCCUUUUGGAAGCAAGAGGGAGCCAGUCAUGAGGACCUGAAGAGGUUUUGGCAUAACCAGGCUUUCAGAAACAGGAGCAGAAACUUGCAAGCAUUAUGUUUGCCACUGUUUAUCAGGGUAAAAGAGGGAAGGACUUUGAGGAGGAGGUGGAGGAAACAAACCUGCACCUUGUAACUGGGUCCAGCAUAUUGGGUAAGAUGGAUUUUGGACUGCAGUGUGUAAAAUCACAGGGGAGGUGGAGGCAGUUCACUCUCCCCCAUGCAAAGGUGGGAUGCCUCUCAUUCCAUUUGUUCUCCCCACACAUGUGGGCUCACACCUUCCCCCAGGUGUGAGCUCUGCUUUGGGGUUGGGAAAAGCAAAGAGAGGCAUUUGUUCCUAGCGCCGGCGUGGCUGCAGAGCAGGGUCAAAGACCACCUGAGCCCACGGGUGUUACGCAAGAGGCUGUAAUGAAGGGGCCCCAGCCCGCAGCAUCCACCAGCCCGCCUCCCGCUGCCCUCCCCAAUGCCGGCACUGCGGCUCAGCGGGUUGCGAAAGCCCCGGGAGUACAUAAAGCAUUCCCUGCCUGGGCACUGCCACCACCAUCAACACUCGGGCUCCCAAGAGGCUCCAGGGACCGGCACUGUCUGUAAGGGACCCUGCUGCUAUGGGCUGGGGAUGAGCAGGGGCCUUGCCUGCACAUGCAUCAGGGAAAGCUGCGUGACACCCUGGUGACCUACCAGGGCAGCCUUCCUCCCUUCGCUUGUGUGACAGAGCUUGUUUCUGAUGCUAUUCUCUGUUUGCUGCAGGGACAGAAUGGCCCACACACAGAGAGCUCUGCCCUGGCUGCUGCUGCUGUCACUGGCCUUGGUGGGCAGCAGCACUGCAGAGCGGGACUGCCGAGUAAGCAGCUUCAAAGUCAAGGAGAACUUCGACAAGACCAGGUACAGUGGCACCUGGUAUGCCAUGGCAAAAAAAGAUCCUGAGGGGCUGUUUCUGCAGGACAAUGUGGUAGCCCAGUUCAGCGUAGAUGAGAAUGGACAAAUGACUGCCACUGCAAAGGGCAGAGUCAGACUCUUCAAUAACUGGGAUGUCUGUGCUGACAUGAUCGGCUCUUUCACUGACACAGAGGACCCUGCCAAGUUCAAGAUGAAGUACUGGGGAGUCGCCUCUUUUCUGCAGAAAGGAAAUGAUGAUCACUGGGUAGUGGACACAGAUUAUGAUACAUAUGCUCUUCAUUACUCCUGCCGCCAGCUAAAUGCAGAUGGCACUUGUGCUGACAGCUACUCCUUUGUGUUCUCCCGGGAUCCCAAGGGAUUGCCUCCAGAUGCACUGAAAAUUGUCAGACAAAGGCAGAUAGACCUCUGCUUGGACAGGAAAUACAGAGUUAUCGCCCAUAAUGGAUUUUGCUCUUAAGGAGAUCCAACCCUAUGGAAAGAAGCCAUGUUACAGCACCAUGGAUGUAAAGUUAACACACUGAUCAUGUGUUCUCUGGAAAAUGCUUUAAAUGGGUCCAUUUAGAUUUUCAAUAUAUUUAUCUGAGCUGUGUAGCUCACUUUGUUAAUAAACCAAUGAAACAUUUUAAUAAACUUGGAUUACACGGGAUACAAAUUGUAUGCAAAUCUGUACAUAUGUACACAUUGGUUUCAUUAGUAGUCUGUUAUCUUAGUGCACUCUUUUGAACUGGUGACUGGUGAUAAUUAAGAAUUUAAUCUUGCUUUUUGUAGUGGUUUCAAUUUCUGGCUAAAAGAGUAUUUAUCAUAAACCACCAAGUACAUGUAUUUUCUUUUCAACUAGAACAUUAUAUUUUCCCUAUAAAAUACUCGGAAUCAUUUAGAAAAGAGAAAGGAAUUUCAGUGACCCUAAAUAUCACUAAUUAACUUUAUUAUAUGACUUGCAAAGACAUAAAAAAUAUACAUAUUUUUAAAAGAACUAUUUUACACAUGAUGAUUAACCAUUUAUUUAUUUAUUCUUUACUUAUUAAUUCUCAUGUAUUAAGUCCAUAUUUUUAAUUUGAGAUGGAACCAAACUAGUCAUUUACUUGAUGAUAACACAUGUUCAUUACCUUGUUUCAGUUAGUCUGCUCAAACUUACAUUCAGGCAGACAGUUAUUGAAGUUUUUAAUCAAGUUCCCUUUAAAAACUGGAUUUUAAAAAAAGCAGAUACUUUCUGAGGAUGAACAUUUUCAUUAGAAACUUUUAAGUACUUAAUUCAACUAUUUUACAUUCACCAAGUUCAUUGCCAUAUUUCUAUUUAUUUCAGCGUAAGAGGAGAAUUCAGUCCCUUAAAUUAAAUUGUCCAAAUCCUACUGAGGCAAAGCAAUGAAGUCAAGAGAAUUUUACCCACGGGAAUUAAAAAUAUGUAUUUAGCUUUUUCCCUCCUCCUCUGGCAUGUAAUACUAUAACAUAAUGACCUAUAUGACCUGGGAUAGCAUAGACAAAAUCCAAAAUGUAGCAUAGCUCA